CGGCGGCCGCAGGAGUUUCCCACAAUGCAGCGCGGCGCGCUGUCCCCGGUGCUGAUGCUCAGCGCUGCCCCGGAGCCUCCGCCGUGCCCGCCUCCCGCCCUUUCCCCGCCGGGCCCCAGCCCCCGCCAUGGGUCGGCUCGGUCCAGUCCUGCCCCAGAGCCGUCGGGGGGCCUGGGUGCGGCUCUCGACAGCAGCCUGCGGGCCGCCGUGGCGUUUAAGGCGGAGGGUCAGCGCUGCUACCGAGAGAAGAAGUUCCGGGAAGCCAUCGGCAAGUAUCAUCGGGCACUGCUGCAACUGAAGGCGGCGCAGGGGGCCCGCCCUGGAGGCCUGCCCGCUCCCGCCCCCGCCCCCGGGCCCGCCACCAGCCAAGGGCCAGCCCGCCUCAGCGAGGAGCAGCGGCGCCUGGUGGAGAACACGGAGGUGGAAUGUUAUGACUCUCUCACUGGCUCUGCGAGUGUCGGUCGUGGUGCCCCUGCAGCCUGCCUGCUGCAGUCGGAGCUGGUGAACUACGAGCGGGUGCGCGAGUACUGUCUCAAGGUGCUGGAGAAGCAGCAGGGCAACUUCAAGGCGACCUACCGCGCCGGCAUUGCCUUCUACCACCUGGGCGACUAUGCACGUGCUUUGCGCUACCUGCAGGAGGCCCGCAGCCGCGAACCCACAGACACCAACGUCCUGCGCUACAUCCAGCUGACUCAGCUGAAGAUGAACCGUUGCAGCCUCCAGCGGGAAGACAGUGGGGCUGGGGCCGCGUCCCGGGGUGUCACUGGCUGAGGCCAACUUGGGGGGACCGUCCCUACCCCCACUGCCCCCCACCUCACCAUGUAACUUCCCCUGACUCAUGUGUUUGCUGGUAAAGCACUUGUCGCUGGUGA